AGCGUCAGAUACGAACCGAACCACACGGAGGGAGGUGUGUGCCGUGCGACAGUGUGAUAGAGCGCGAUUCUCUUCAACAAUCGUGACUUCCUGUGGCAAGAGGCAAAGUGGACAGCAGCAUUAUGAAGGGUCCGACGAUCGGCAUCGAUCUGGGCACCACCUACUCUUGCGUAGGGGUGUUCCAGCACGGCAAGGUGGAGAUCAUCGCCAACGACCAGGGCAACAGGACCACGCCCAGCUACGUGGCCUUCACGGACACCGAGCGUCUCAUUGGAGACGCGGCCAAGGGCCAGGUGGCCCUGAACCCCAAGAACACCGUCUUCGACGCCAAGCGUCUCAUCGGGCGUCGCUUCGACGACGACAACAUCCAGCACGAUCUCAAGCACUGGCCGUUCGCCGUGAUCAACGAUGGCGGCAAGCCCAGGGUCCAGGUCGAGCACAAGGGCGAGACGAAGCGGUUCACGCCUGAGGAGAUCAGCUCCAUGGUGCUGACGAAGAUGAAGGAGACGGCCGAGGCGUACCUGGGCACCCGCGUGACGGACGCCGUCAUCACGGUGCCCGCCUACUUCAACGACUCGCAGCGGCAGGCCACCAAGGACGCCGGCGCCAUCGCCGGCCUCAACGUCAAGCGCAUCAUCAACGAGCCGACGGCGGCCGCGCUGGCCUACGGCCUCGACAAGAAGCUCAGCGGCGACAAGAAUGUGCUCAUCUUCGACCUCGGCGGUGGCACGUUCGACGUGUCCAUCUUGACCAUCGCCGACGGCGCCAUGUUCGAAGUGCGCUCCACCGCCGGCGACACGCACCUGGGCGGCGAGGACUUCGACAACAGGCUGGUCAACCAUUUCGCCUACGAGUUCCAGCGCAAGCACAAAAAGGACCUCAAGGGCGAUGCCCGAGCCAUGCGGCGACUGAGGACGGCGUGCGAGCGAGCCAAGCGCACCCUGUCCAGCAGCACCGAGGCCAACAUCGAGAUCGACGCCCUCUACCAGGGCGUCGACUUCUACAGCAGGAUCUCGCGUGCCCGCUUCGAGGAGCUGUGCAUCGACCUGUUCCGCGGCACCCUGCAGCCCGUGGAGAAGGCGCUGCGGGACGCCAAGCUCGACAAGUCGGCCAUCAACGAGAUCGUGCUCGUGGGCGGCUCCACGCGCAUCCCCAAGAUCCAGAAGCUGCUGCAGGACUGCUUCAACGGCAAGGAGCUCAACAAGUCCAUCAACCCGGACGAGGCGGUGGCGUACGGCGCCGCCGUGCAGGCGGCCGUACUCUCCGGCGACAAGAGCUCCGUCAUCCAGGACGUACUGCUCGUCGACGUGGCGCCGCUCUCGCUCGGCAUCGAGACGGCCGGCGGUGUCAUGACCAACCUCAUCCAGCGCAACAGCCGGGUGCCUUGCAAGCAGCAGAACACGUUCACCACGUACGCCGACAACCAGCCGGCCGUCACCAUCCAGGUGUAUGAGGGCGAGAGGGCCAUGACCCGAGACAACCACCUGCUGGGCACGUUCGACCUCACCGGACUGCCUCCGGCGCCGCGCGGCGUGCCGCAGGUGCUCGUCACCUUCGACAUCGACGCCAACGGCAUCCUCAGCGUCAGCGCCGAGGACAAGUCCACCGGCAAGUCCAACAACAUCACCAUCACCAACGACAAGGGCCGCCUCAGCAAGGCGGACAUCGAGCGCAUGGUCAACGACGCCCAGAAGUUCAAGGCCGAGGACGACGCGCAGCGAGAGCGAGUCGCCGCCAGAAACCAGCUGGAGGGCUACGUCUUCUCCGUGAAACAAGCCGUGGGCGAUGCCGGCGACAAGGUGCCAGAAGACGACCGGCGGCGGGUCACCGAGCUCUGUGACGAGACCGUCAAGUGGCUGGACUCGAACACGCUGGCAGAGAAGGAGGAGUUCGAGCACCGGCUGCAGGAGCUGCAGAAGACGUGCAGCCCGAUCAUGACGAAGAUCCACCAGGGUGCCACCGGUGGACAGUGCGGCCAGCAGUCUGCUAGUGAACGGGGACCGACCGUGGAGGAGGUAGACUAAAAUGUCACCUCAUUCAUACAGCUAGUCAUUCUUUUGUGUGAGCUUUUGGUACGGCCCUUGACACGCCAAGUACCCUCGUGAUGAUGACUCUUUGGAGUUUUAGGGCGCGUCACCUGAAAAUCGUCAUGCAGCGCCCAUGAUCAAGUAGCCUCGUGAGCAAUACCUUUAAGCUCAGGGCUGUCCACAUAGUUCUUUAUGGCUGGAGCGACCGCGUGAGUGUUUUGUCGCCCGUUGUUAUUGAUAUGGUUCCUCGCGUCAGAGCUGUGAGGUGCGGAUGUAUUGCGAAGUGUGGAUUGUGGAAAUAUGUAAUCAUACAGUGUCGUAUCAAUAAAUAUGUACGUUCAA